CGCUUUCUUUCCGGAAGAGUCGCGUGUUUUCCGCCUUGCUUGACUACCCAGUUGAACCGCGCAGCAUCGACUGCGGUCCAAUUUUUGCAACAUCUACUGCAGCUGAACCUUUGCAGAAUCUACUGCAGCCGAACCUUUGCAGCAUCGACUGCAGCUGAACUUUUGCAGAAUCUACUGCCGCCGAACCUUUGCAGCAUCUACUGCAGCCGAACUUGCAGCAAUGUGGCCUUCCCAGCUAGCACCUCUCAUCCUGUUCCUGGUGCUAGCGAGCAAUGUCGUCGGGGAGGAGAGCGUCAGGAAGCCCAACAUUGUACUGAUGAUGGCAGACGACUUGGGAAUUGGUGACUUGGGUUGCUAUGGUAACAACACCAUCAGCCAUCUGCAUGAAAACCACUAUAAUUGUAAAUGGCACCUCGGCGUGAACUGCGAGCGAAGGGGGGAUCACUGUCACCAUCCCAAUCAGCACGGCUUCAGCUUCUUCUACGGCUUGCCUUUCACCCUUGUCAAUGACUGCGAAGCGAAAAUGGGGACAGCCAUUUUGGCUAACCUGCAGCACGCACUCCGAAAUAUGGCUGUGUUGCUCAUGGUUGGUCUUUUCACACUGGUGAGUCUGAUUCAGAAGCCUUCCCAGCUAGCACCUCUCAUCCUGUUCCUGGUGCUAGCGAGCAAUGUCGUCGGGGAGGAGAGCGUCAGGAAGCCCAACAUUGUACUGAUGAUGGCAGACGACUUGGGAAUUGGUGACUUGGGUUGCUAUGGUAACAACACCAUCAGCUUCUUCUACGGCUUGCCUUUCACCCUUGUCAAUGACUGCGAAGCGAAAAUGGGGACAGCCAUUUUGGCUAACCUGCAGCACGCACUCCGAAAUAUGGCUGUGUUGCUCAUGGUUGGUCUUUUCACACUGGUGUGCGUUUCCGCUUGCGGUCUUGUGGACAUCAAGCCGUGGCUCUUGGUGGUGCUCAUUUUGUUGAGCUUCCUGGUUCUUGCCGUGUGGUACGUCCCAUUUGGACAAUUAGCCAGGUGGAACUGCAUCAUCAUGAGGGACCAGGAGGUGGUGGAGCAGCCAAUGACACUGGAGACGCUACCCCACAGGAUGCUGACUGAAGCGCAGCGUUUCAUCGAGAGGAAUGCUCAUCAUCCGUUCCUUCUGGUUUUCUCCUUUGCUCACGUCCACAUGCCACAUUUUCACACGCCGGCUUUUGCGGGCAAAAGCCGCCACGGUUGCUACGGUGACAAUGUGGAAGAGAUGGACUGGAUUGUCGGCGAGCUAACUAACACUGUGGAUUCGUUGGGCCUGGCCAACGACACGCUGAUAUAUUUCACGUCAGACCACGGAGGACAUAUUGAGAAUUCUCAUCCUUUGAUUGGCCAGGGAGGAGGAUGGAACGGCAUUUAUCGAGGUGGUAAAGCCAUGGGGGGCUGGGAAGGCGGCAUCAGGGUCCCUGGUGUCUUCCGCUGGGUGGGCAGACUGGCUGCUGGCAGAGUGGUGGAUGAGCCCACCAGCCUCAUGGAUCUCUAUCCCACAGUGAAAUAUUUGGCUCGAGACACACAACCAGACAGACACUUAGAUGGUCACAACCUCAUGCCGUUGUUGGAGGGGAAGAGGGAUCGAUCAGGGCACGAGUUUCUAUUCCAUUACUGUGGCAACCACCUCCAUGCAGCACGUUGGCACCCACAAGACAGUGACUCCAUCUUCAAGGUGCACUUCAUCACCCCAAACUUUUCCCCACUGGGAGCUGUGGGAUGUUAUGACACGCAUAUCUGCUACUGUCAUGGAAAACACGUGACGCAGCACAACCCGCCGUUGCUCUAUGACCUUCUCCGAGACCCCUCAGAGUCACACCCACUAGGCCCCGACACGGAGCCGCGUUACGCAGAAAUCCUCAGUCAGACAGCCGAAGCGGUGCAGAGGCAUCUGCGUUCCUUGGCUGACAAACAACCAAACCAGCUUACCUGGGAGAAGAUUCUGUGGAGACCCUGGCUUCAGCCAUGUUGUGGAACAUUCCCCUUUUGUGGCUGCAAAGAAGACAUAAGGUCGUAGAAAAAAACCAAAACAGUUUGACUUUUCAAUUAGAACAGGGAGACGGUUGUAAUUUACACUGUAUGCCUUUAGAGGGCAGAGUGAGACUGUAUUUGACCAGUUUUACAGGCAACCAGGGAGGGGGGCUCAGUUUCAGUGCAUGCCAUCAUUGGGAUAGUUGCGAUAAUUUUAUUCAGAUAUAUUUGUGUGUGUGUGUGUGUGUGUGUGUGUGUGUGUCUUUGGCUUUCGGUGUGUGGUUUAUAUGUAAGUCAUAUAUGUGUGCAACUGUUUGAAAAGUAAUCAAGUGACAAGUGGCGGAAAAAAACUGUAAGGGUGACUUUAUAGAUUUUGAGUUAAUGUCUCGCAUGAUGUUCAUGGCAGAAGGUCCUACGAGGGUCAUGAAGAUCCAAGUUAAGUUUGAAGGCAAUCAACCCUAGCAUGAUGAAGGCAGCUCCGUGCAAAGGUCACAUACAUUUAACCAUGUCCGUUUUCCUCGUGAGCCACUGAUGGUGUUGUGGUACACUCGCAUGACUUGUGUACGGGCAGCGUGGGAUCGGCUCCCGCUCAGUUACAGUGGUGAUUGGUGGUUUGGAUGGUCGUUUGUCUCUGUGUGUACCCUGCCACUGACUGGCAACCAGUUCAGGGGGCAGUGUGCGUUCCGCCCAAAGUCAGCUGGGACAGGCUCCAGCAACUCCCUGCGACCCUGUUGAGGAUAAGCGGUGUUGAAAAUGGAUGGAUGGAUGUUUUCCUCGUCAGGGUUCUCCCAGGCACAAUUUGGAACAUGCAUUACUGGGAUUAUUAUGUCCAAGGCAAGAACGCCUAUUAUGAUUCAAGGGUGUUCAGCACAAGGUUGCCUUAGUAACCGAAAUACAUGUUUAUCGUCAUGUUCAUCCAUCAGUUGCCCUUUUAAACCUUUUUUCUUUUACCGCUAUGCAGUAGUUGCGGAAGCAACGUAUUACGUUCUACUUGUGUGCUUCAUGUGAAACAACUCUAAAUUUUACAUAAACAAUGCGUCGCGUUAAUGAAUGGCAACACAGAAGUAAGCAACAGAAAUACAAAACGUCGUGUGUAAUUGGCUCGGGCAGACUCUUCUCACUAUUUAUUUAAAUGAACAUAACCUCCACUCUGUGUCUGCCAGUCUCUCGUUUGUCAUUCAAGCACCUUAGUGGGUGUGUCCAACAAUAUAGCGCCUUGAACUCUGCCUAGCAACAAGUGGAUGAGAAUGAAAACAUCUACUGGGCUUGGCGGGUGUGUGCACUUUUUGAAAUUCUGCCCAGCAACAAGUGAUCUGUCCAACAAAUUAGAGCCAUUCUUUUAAGACUGUCACCAUAAAUAUUUUUAGAAUGAAUUAUUCUAUCGAUUAUUCCAUUGAUUAAUUGAAUAAUCAGCGACAAAAUUCUUUUUUCAUUUGAGUUUAUGGCAAAAUAUGUAUGUAUUUGUAUCAAGUGAAACGUGACCAGGAAAGGAAUCUAAGAAAUGUACUGUAUAUUUAUGAUUGAUAUUGUGAUUUCUGUUUUGUUGUUCCAUUAUGAAUUAUGAUUUGUGAUUUGUAAGUUUUUCUGGUGUGUGUGUGAGAGUAAGAGAGAGAGAGAAAGAGAGAGAGAGAUUUCAGACUCUUUCAGGAAGUCAAAAGCUAGGAUGGAUAGAGUCCCAGUGGACCUGUAAGGAUACCCUGUGGCUCUCCAUACUGUAUCUUCACCAAUAAAAGACUGUAAAGACUGUGUGAACCUC